AGGAUCACUCACAGUUGGAGGCCAGCCUGGGCUACAUAAGGCUUUAUAGGGGCUACACGUGGGAAUACAAAUGAUCCCUCACCUUUGCAGGAGUUACAUUCCAGAGACCCCUGAGGGUGUCAAGGUUGUAAAAUACGAAGCUGGACGGACUAUUCCAGAUUGAAAAUGCAAAUGAUCUCAGAUGGAGGACGAGGUGAAUGAAGGAAUGAAGAAUAAAAAAAGGGCAAAACUGAAAUAGCCAGGGAAUACUUGCUCCACGUAUUGUUGAAUCCACUAAAUACAAGCCUCGAGCAACCAGAGAACCAGACUGCAUUGCCUCGAGCGAGAGGAGCGAAAGAAGUGAGAGGGCAGAGCCGGGAAGAACUAACCGGCGGUUUGCGCCUCCUUCCCACCCCUCCCCCACGGUCUUAGCUAUAUGACCUGAUUAAAGCGCUUUGGGAUCUGGCCAGACUUCUAUAUGCUAACGAGGCUCCGGCCCUCUCGGUGGCUGAGAGCGAUUUCCUCCACUCGGAGCUUCCCGAUGCCCGGUGCACACCAGACUUCGCAGAAGUCUCUCAAUUUCGUCAAGGGCUCGCUAGGGAAGAUUCGCGCGGACUCGAAGCAGACGCAGGCUCUCUGGUUGCCUCGGGCCACGUCGGAUUAUUCAUUAGCAAAUUCUUUUCACCUUCUAUCUAAGUAGUGAAAGGUGACGCCGGAAUCUCGGGUGCCACUCCCCGAACGGGACUCGGGCGACACCCAGUCCAGGUUCUACAACUUCUGCCUCGCUUUCCGAGGAGCAAAACAGCGUUGCCAAAAGUCGCCUUAAAUCCUCCCCGCUCCUAAACCUAAAGGUCAGAGCGCCAGGCUCCGGCCAGCCCUCCAGCCCGCCGCAGCCUGGCCCCUUCGGAAGUUCCUGGGGAGGGUGGGGAGCACAGGCGGCGGCGGGGGGGACCGCGCGGAGUGACCACCGGGAAUUACGUAACGACGGCCCUGGCUGCCGAGAGCGCGAGCUGACAUUGAGACAGCCCAGGGGGAGGGGAGCUGCUGUCCUGGAGUCGCCAGGAACAGAGGCGGCAGUUCCAAGAACCGAGAGAGGAAGGCGGCGGAGAUAAAGAAAACACUUCGGGAACAAGAACAUUAGCAAGCCGCGGGACCCGCAGCAUUAACAGUCGGAGGCACACGUGUAGCAAUUUGUCGGGAGAAACGGCAACCUUCCAACUUUUGCUUGACCCUUCGCGGGAUUAAAAACCGUGAUACGCGAAGCCCAAAGCUAAUGAAUGGAAUCCAGUGGUGUGUCAGCAGUAUGCAGAUAUUGCUGUCCUGGAGCGCAAACUCUCUGCAGUUAUUUGGAAGAGUCGGGGCUGAAACCCAAGCUAGAAUGCUCUCCCGUGCGUUUCCACUUGUCCCCUUCGGAAAAGGAGCUGCUACCGAGGUACUGCCGCUUUAAGACCUGCUCGCUGUCGGGCUCUACAAAAGGGAGUGACCUCUGGGCUUUGACAGCUCCCCUAAUAACUACCACCGCGCAGGCCCCGCCCACCUGGCGACCAGCCGCGCCGAUUGGUCGGCGGGCCGGUAUCCCGUGCUCUGAUUGGCCUGCCGCUUCCCCUGAGCGAACCUUUAGAACUCUGAGACAGACAAUAUUCUGUUACAUUGUAGCAAAAUGGCGACUGUCAUUCACAACCCCCUGAAAGCGCUUGGAGACCAGUUUUACAAGGAAGCCAUUGAACAUUGCCGGAGUUACAACUCAAGGCUGUGCGCAGAACGCAGCGUGCGGCUCCCCUUCCUGGACUCACAGACUGGGGUGGCCCAGAAUAACUGCUACAUCUGGAUGGAGAAGAGGCAUCGGGGCCCAGGCCUUGCUCCGGGGCAGCUGUAUACAUACCCUGCCCGCUGCUGGCGCAAGAAGAGACGAUUGCAUCCGCCUGAGGAUCCAAAGCUUCGACUGCUGGAAAUCAAACCUGAAGUGGAGCUGCCCCUGAAGAAGGACGGGUUCACCUCGGAAAGCACCACACUGGAAGCCUUGCUGCGCGGUGAGGGCGUAGAGAAGAAAGUGGACACCAGAGAAGAGGAGAGCCUCCAGGAGAUCCAGAGAGUUUUGGAAAACGAUGAAAAUGUAGAUGAAGGGAAUGAAGAAGAGGAUCUAGAAGAGGAUAUUCCCAAGCGGAAGAAUAGGACCCGAGGACGGGCUCGUGGCUCUGCGGGUGGCAGGAGGAGGCACGACGCCGCCUCUCAGGAAGAUCACGACAAACCUUACGUCUGUGACAUCUGUGGCAAGCGCUACAAGAAUCGGCCAGGACUGAGCUACCACUAUGCCCACACCCACCUGGCUAGCGAGGAAGGGGAUGAAGCCCAGGAUCAGGAGACACGAUCCCCACCUAACCACAGAAACGAGAACCACAGACCCCAGAAAGGACCAGAUGGGACGGUCAUUCCCAAUAACUACUGUGACUUCUGCUUGGGGGGCUCUAACAUGAACAAGAAGAGUGGGCGGCCUGAAGAGCUGGUGUCCUGUGCAGACUGUGGACGCUCUGGUCACCCGACCUGCCUGCAGUUCACCCUGAACAUGACCGAGGCUGUCAAGACCUACAAGUGGCAGUGCAUAGAAUGCAAAUCCUGCAUUCUCUGUGGGACCUCGGAGAAUGACGACCAGCUACUCUUCUGUGACGACUGUGACCGUGGCUAUCACAUGUACUGUUUAACGCCCCCCGUGGCUGAGCCCCCAGAAGGUAAUGACGAUGCGGUCAACAGUAACAACAUCAGCCACUACUCCUACCACUUACUGAGCCCUCACUAUGGUGCAGGCCUUGUGCUAAGGGCUUUUCAUAUCUUGUCUCAUUUAAUCAUCAUGAUCCUACAAGGAAGCUGGAGCUGCCACUUAUGCUGGGAGCUGCUCAAAGAGAAAGCCUCGGCCUUUGGCUGCCAGGCCUAGAGCCCCAGGUCACAGAAAGUGACUUGAUGCUGGAGAGGCUGAGCUAGAGCCCAGCUCAAACCACAUGAAGCCAUCCUCCCACAUCUCCAGACAGACCAACUGUAAGGAAAAUGAAUACUCACAGAAGGGCGUGGACAUGUGGAACCAAGAGGGUGAGAGGUAUUUACUUUACCUCUGGCCCCACAGACGGUACUUCAGCCAGCAUCUCCUUGUUCUACCAGAAGGAUUUUGCACUUUCGAAGAACAACCCCAACCCCAGCCCUGUGGAACCCUCUCACUUUUACCCUAGCACUACAACUUUCUCACUGGUUUCCAUUUUAAGGGAAGCCAUUUUGUGACCACUCAUCAAUCACUUGUGUGUAAUUUGGUGGUUUUGUAAAAAAAAAAAAUCUAUCUUUGCACAGCCUGUUCACCCCCAGUUUAGGCUCUUCAUACUAGAUUUUCACCAGAGGAACAAAGUGCUGUGGAGAAGCUGUUGCUUAUUCAAGCCACUGGAAAAUUCUAGACUUGGAUCUGGAGGCCAUCUUGAGGAUGGAGCCUUGAAACCCCUUCUUGUUCUUCGGUCUUUGUGAGGAGAAGAGUUCUUUCUAGAGCCUCAACAGUGGCUUCCACAGCUGGGGUGGUCUUGAUUGACUGCAUUUUCACUUGAUAGGGGAGGGGGAGGGACUGAGAGGUGGGAAGAAACAUUGGGAAAAUAAUGUUAAGGCCUGCUGUAGCCAUUCAGUGUUUGUUAUUCAUGAGGAGAGACUUGGCAAGGGACUGGCCUAGCUCCUGACACUUCAGAGCUGAGGUGCCCUUGAGGUGAGACAAGCCACAGCCUGUGGACAGAGGAAGGCGCUCAAGACUCUGCCCCUGACUGAGCUGAGUGUACAGGGCCGGUUCCCUCUCUCCGGGCAGAGCUCAGGCACCAGUCCGGUGAGCAAAGACCCCCGGCCGCGUGUCCAAAUAGUGGAUACAGGGACCGCAGCGUUGAGAAACUCUUCAGUAUGGAUGUAACACUAUGAAUUCCUCUUCCCGAGUAAUUUCUUCCUUUCACAAAUAAGUGUGCUAUUGUCUGCAGAGAUCUGACUGGAAAUGUUAGGAUGAAGGCUGGAUAAUUAUUACUUCAAUGGAUGGUCAGGGUAAUGUGGUCAUUUGUGAUAAGGCGGCAAUGAUUUUGAACCCUCUGCUUGUAGGCUGUUCUUGUCUCCUAAAUCUCCCCUCCUCCUGCUAUGAGCUGGACUCUUUUGUUUUUUAAAUGUUUCUAGAAGAAAGAGGAGGGGAGCCUAGAUUCUGAGGUUGCUGUGUUUUGGAGGACAGCUCUGUAGGCUGAAGUGGCUUGGACUCUCUUUGAAUCACAGCAACAGCACGAUAACUGACACAUUUCUAGAAAAAUCAUUUGCCCAAAGGGCAGGUCACUGUGAGUGGGGCCCUUGCGCAUGCUCAGCUUUCCUGAAAUCAGCUCCAUCUCUGUAGUCCCGCAGCGCACAACAAAGGCCCAGGUUAUUUUUAGUUGUUUGGCUCCUGGAGAAGCCCCCAGAGACUCGGGCUGGUUGGGCCACUUCUGCCUGGCUGCGGUGUUGCUCCGUAACUCGGCAGGAGCCGUCCAAUUGCUCUCAGCCAGGGGACCCAGGGCAGCCUGGCGCUGAGCCAAGCCGUGCGGCUCUCCCCCACUCCUUUGUAGAAUGACCUGUGGCAGGAGAACGGGGUCACUCUCCUGCAGGGCCCGUGGCCUCAGAAUGAGUUACACUCAUACGUAACGAUUUCUUUUAAAGGGCCCCUGUCCAGAUGGGAUUUUCGUCUUCCUCAUCAGCUAUUUUCUUCCUUCUGAUAGUCGGUGAGCUGGUCUGGACACUGAAGGCCCAAGGUAGGGCUGGGAGGGUGCCGUCACCGUGGAGGGGGACAUUUUGUUUUAUGACUGUUCUGUCUCACUGUCCUCCCACAAACCCCAAAGCAGGGUCUCCUCAAAGCCUGGUUUUUGGUUUGGAGAGUCAUUUUAAAUUAAUUACAGGAAAAAAAAAAAUUCCUCAAUAUUGCCAAAUGCCCCAGUGGCUUAAAAGUUAAAUAGACAAAUCUGAAAUCCAAAAUUGUGGCUUUACGGCCUGACCAGUCCUCCUGUGGAGAACGCGCAAAGCCGUUCCCCAGGAAGUGCAGGUGAUGGCGCCUGUUCUGCCUUCCGCCAUGUCUGCCCAGCUCUCGGAGCUGAGGGCGGACCGAGCCUCCUGAGCCAGGGCGGGGUGCCGGAGCUGCUCUGGGCUCUGGGGUCACAGCAGAAAAGCCCCAGGCUUCCGCUCUCAGUGUCAUUACUCCCGGCAGAAUGGGAAGUAAUGACCUCCUUCUUCUUUGUGUGCCUCAGUAUCCCCACCUAGAAAGUGGAGAAAGCAGAGCAGCUUGUGGAAUGGCACUGCUCGGGUUGUGCAAGCGGAGGAAAGCGUCCAGAGUCACAUUUAUCACCUUCUGCACUGGUAAAGGGAAGCCUUUUGUAAACUUCAGAUGAGUCUGUUUCCUUAAACCCCUGAGAAUGAGAUAGAAUCAUAGGGUGCCUGUGAAGGGUCAGGGUUUCAGUGUUGCCGCUGCCACUGAAUAGCUGUGUGACCCUGGGCAAGUCACUUAAUAUCCCUGAGCCUCACUUUGCCCACGUGUAAAAUGGAGAUGCUAACACUUGCCCUGCCUGUUCCUACUGGGAGUCUUAAAAAAUAUUACGUGAGCAGCCACUGCAGAGCAGAGCUUAUCUGGGCAGGACUCCGCAUGCUUUCAUGUCUGCCUUCUCGUGUGAUAGCCAGGGUUGGAUGCCUUCUUGGGAUCUCCCUGUAGACUCAAGGGGAUUUACAUUUCAAGAUCCCAGGCUACCUGUAGUCAGGGCCACCAGGCCAGGGCUGGGCCCAAGGAGCCUGGCUUUCACAGGCUGUCUUGGGAAGUAGGAUUUACCAUGUGGUCGAGUGCUUUAGGAUGAAGAUACUCCAGAUACUCUCUUCUACAGGAUUAACCAGCUUGGAAUGGAAACCCCUUCUACAGAGGGCAGGAUUCCUUUCACUUCCGGUGCCACACUCACUUCUCCCUUGAUUUAAAGCCUUGCUCUGCCUGUUCCCACUGGUUGAUCUUGGUCAAGUGAGUACUUCUCUCCAAGUCUCCUGGCCCACAGGCACUGUGUAGCCAGGUGAUCGCAGGGGUUAAAGUAAUGGUGGCAUGGGCCUGGUGUGGUGUGGGAAAUCCUGCUUCCUUCUUGACAUUUUUGAAACACUAAUUUUGGGGCCUGCAGUAAAUCCAGGGAAGGCAGCUCUGUGAGGAAAGAGAAGUGAGGCCCCUGUUAAGAGAUUUAUACUCCAGCAGCCUCACGCGUGGCACCUGAGGCAGGAGCCAGCGCUCCAGAGGCUCUGCUUUUCUGUUGCUGCCUGGGGCCAGGCAGGAACCUAGGGGAGGUUGCAGAGCUGGGCUGCCGAGAGCUGCUUCCUGUGGCUCAGGCUCAGACCCCCGUGGGUAGGUAGGAGGGAGGCCAGAUUCCUUCAGAGAGGGGGGAGAUAACCGGUUUCGAUAGCGGGGAGGGCCUGCAUUUCACAGUGAAGGUCUUGUGGCACCCUGGGGAGUUUCACUCCCGGUGCACUUUUUAUCUUCAUGCUUUGAAUCCAGCGUGAUUCCUUCCAGCCCUCCCCUUAAAAAGUCCAGAUAUUUUAAGGAAUAAAAAUGACAGGAUUGUAACUACUUUUCCUUCAGGGGCAAGUUUAGGAGACCUGUGCUCCUCUGCGUUGUUGAAGAAAGAUUACUGGCUACCCCAGGUUCCAGACUCAGAUAGAAGGGGCUGCCAGACUCCUCUUGGAAUCCACGUGUGCUUGGCUGGUGGCCCAGGCAGGUCCUGAGGACCACCUUGCCCCGCCCCGGCUGGUUCCAGCCUGUUUCCGAAGGGCUGACAUGACAGUGCUUCCCUUUCUUCUCCCACCCCCCCCCGAUGGGCCCCUUGGUCUCUCCUUAGAGAGUCAAUGUCACAGCUCAAGGGGGAAACUGGCUCCCCAGGGCCAGAACCAUGCUCUCUCUCGCACCAAAGAAGCCCUGAGUCCCACGCCUGGCUCUUUUCAGGGGUAGCACGUUGAUGUCACCGUUAGGACUUCGGUAGGCUGGCGAGCCUGGGUAUGAGGGAGGAAGGCAUCCCGGAAGAAGGGUCAGUCCUGUCCCCUGCACCUGAUCCAGUGACACGACUCUCCCCACGUCCCACUGUGCUACACUUUUUGGAGUCUUAUUCCUACCCACAAAGGAUGCCUUUGGUUUUCAGAUGCCCACGUGCAUUAGUACACCAGGGGAGGGAUGGGCAGGAUGCGGGGAAGGAACAGACAUUCUAAUUCGCCUCAGGUUGCAAGUCUCCCCAUGCAGCCCCGACUGUUCUUGGCUCUGAUUUAUCUGUCCUCUGAAGGUGGGCUCUGCAGUUGUCUGAUUCGGGCCCCUUCCCUAUUUCUGAGCAUGCCCAGGCUUUCGGCAUGUUUGUGAUUCUCAGCCAGACGCCACAGCUACCUGCCCUGAGUCAGAAACAGCAGGAUGGAUGGGUUGGUUCGGGGCCUUUGGGGCAGCUAGCUGGGGCCUCUGAGCACUGGGAAUCCUGUUCUGAGGAGGCUGGAGAGCCUCUGGUCUUCAUGAGAGACAGGUGGGGAACUUGCUCUGCGAGGGAGGAGGGGAGAGGAGGAUGCAGUGCCGGUGGUUCGGCACCUGGGCGUGGGAGGGGGAGCGGAGCCCUCUGCGGUGGGGGGCUCCUCUGAGCACCUCGACAGCCGCUCCCACGGAGGCUUGGCUGUGGGAGCAGCCUUGGGGCAGUACCUGCAGGAAGCCCUGGAAGCAGAGGUACUGGGGUCCCUGCCAGCCAGUGCCACAUCACGUGAGUUUCCCAGAAGGAGCAGGCAAGUUCCUGUGUGAGGAGAAAGACUGAGAAACAGGCCGGGUCCCAGCAAGACUGCCUCUGGGUUCUGAGCGAACCCAGGCUGUGACUCCUCAGCUGAGUAAGACUGAGGUGAUCCCCAGAGCCCCGAGACUGUGAGGGAUGUCACGGGGCUAGAGGGCACAGGAGGGCCCCUGGGUUCAGUCCCUGUCCUCGCCUCCCCGUCUUCUUUGCUCCAAUGCUGGGUGGAGGUUGAGGGGCAGAGGCCUUGAAAGAGGGACAUUCCCUGGUUCCCCUGCUUUGGCCCCACCGUGAAAAGGCAGUGUUUGUGCUGAUGAUGACAUUUUCCAGGGCAGGCCAGAGGAAGGCAGCCCUGGGACUGGCAGGCGGCCAGAACCCUCUUGGACAGAAACGUAAUUACUAAUAACGCCUGCUAGCCCGGGCAGCGAGCAAGAUGGCUGUCCAGGUCGGCACCAGCCCAGCCUGGCAAGUAGGCGCUGCUGUGGGCCGGAAGCAGUCCCUGUAGGAAGUGGGGGUGGCCGGGAGCCCUGGGGGACUAGGAAGUCCCUCAACAGCACAACCCUGUAAUCCCCGGGUUAAAUUUACACUCUCCGCAUCUCCUUGGCUCAACUCUCUGUAUUAAUAUUAAUAUCCACGGGAACAGAGAUGUGUGUAUGUGCGCGCACACACACACACACACACACACACACACACACACACACACACCCUGCUCGAUGAAUUCCAGGGAGCUGUUGGUGUUGCCCCAGGAUGGGAGAUCCAGCAGCUGGCCCACAAGACCCACGUGUCCAUGCAGUCUUCAGCAGCCCAGAAGCUCAAGCGCCCAGCCCCUGCAGGGCCACAGGAGUUGCUGUCGUAAAGGGGCCUUUGUGCUUAGGAAGCCACUGGUCCCACCAACUCCAUCCGUCUGUCCCCAGCUCACCUCUGCCUCUUCGGGACAGAUGCUUAGUAACAGUUGAGGACUUGUCAAACAAAGUCCCAAUUCUGCUAUCACAGGGAUGUGAAGACUAUGGUUAGACGAGGGCUUAGGGUUUUUAUUGACGUCCCCCUUUCGCGCUUAUUGCCCACGGAGACUGCGAUUUCUUCUCCUGCCUUUCCCUUCCCUGCACCUUUCUCUUCCUUCCCUCCUGCCACGCAAGAUGCUGAAGAGCACGGUGGCGGUGGAACAAAAGAGCACAGUCCAGGGAGAAAUUGUCGCUGCGCACCUUUUCAACACAUGUAGAUGGAGAAGUCUCAGUUAGGGACUACAAAGAAGCAAAGGAAACAUCGCGAGAUAGUGUGUGAGUGAGUGCAUGAAAACACAGAACGUUCAUCUCAGAGCAGAGGAGGUGGGGAGCUGGCGGGGGAGGCAGGCAGGGAGUCCCGGUAACCAGGGUGCCCGGUCCACACGGCACUUGGGGAGGCAGGCCGGUCAUGCUCGGGCAAGAAAUGAUGAGUGCUUAUGAAACACUCGUGCUCCUCUGGCAGGGAAAAGGGUAUCCAUCAUAGCGGUCCACCACUUCUCUGCUGUGUGUCCACUCUGGGUGUUUUUUCUCUGAAAGCAAAUGGGAAUAGCUCUUGCUUGCCAAGAGCAAUUGCUGCAGAGACUGGUGCUGGUUAAAACACUUGGCAGGCCCUCGACUAUGUGCAGUGUGAUGCUCUAGGUACUACAGGGGCUGGAAAAACUACAUGCAGGCCCAGCCUACAGGCUGCUUCUUAGCUGUAAAAGUAAACUGUCCUUCAGAAUCCCGGUCCUUUGUCAAGUAUCUCACCUCAGGGGAAGGUGUAGGCAUACACCCGGGUCUCUCUUUUCGAUGUAUAUUCAUCAGAGGAAGACUAGCAGGUGAAAACAUCUGGUUAUUUCCAUCCUCUGGAGGCUGGGGAGAAGAACUCAGGUGUCCUCAGCCUAACUGCCUUUAUGUUUCUCUACAUGCUGGCUGCCCUUGGAAGAGGAACAUCGUUCACCUGAGAGCUAGUGACAUGACGUCUAGUCGGACUGUGCUGAGCACCAGGGAGUCUGAGGCUGUGUCUCUGAACGCUGCUCUCUGGUUCCUGCGGUGGAGGGUGGAGAGGUGUAAUCAGCAGGACCUGACCAGUGGUAGGAAGUGACCCACAUGAUAGUCUUGUCCAGGCCCUGCUGGAGAGUCAGGGGUGGGGUGGGGCAGGAGCCUAGCACACGGGUUAGAUGGACUCUCCUGGGGACCCUGGCAAGGUGGGCUCGGCAUCCAGGAGCCUGUAGCACGUGGAUGGUGUGUGUGUGUGUGUGUGUGUGUGUGUGAAAGCCAGUGUCGGAGGUGUUUGCAGUAACCCUCUCUGCCUGCCUUUGGUCAGGGGCUCUUCAGAUCCUAGCUUCACGCUUCAUUUCACCGCCAGUUGUCUGUGUUGACAGCGUCAGGAAUCAGCCGUUUGUUCCAUCUCUCCCUCUCUCUGCACAUGUCAGAGCCGGGUUUCGGCUUUCAGCUGUUCCCCGAAGAAGCGACACUAGGGUGGCUUGCAGGUGAAAUGCCUGGCGUGGGGAAGGCGCGUGUCUUCCUGUGCGGAGAGGUCAGCUCAGGGCUGGCCUAAAGCGGUCUUCAGGGGGCUCUUGUGCACCCAUGACUCUGAGCAAGGGGGCUUUUGGUGACCUCUGUGGAGAGGACUCAAGGCUUGGCUGUGAGUCUGUGGUCUUAAAGUGCUGGAGAGCCGGAGACGUCUCCUGGGCUUUAGUCCACCCAUGCAUUGGAAAGAUGUGGGGAAGAUUCUUUAGAACAAAACUGCUUAUGAAUGGAGGUUUCCCAUCUUUAGCGCUAGUGCAGAGGAGAGAGAGGAAGCCACCUGCCUUGGAUUCUAUCCGGGCCAGACUGGGGGCACUGUCCCAAGCAGCUGUCAGGGGACCUUGAGCCCUCAGGCCCUCAGCUCUGUGAGGGGUGGAGCUGGGAGCCUGAGAGCCCAGUGGGCAGAGCUCUGACAGGAUCCCCUCCCCUCCUCCAUCUGCACGCACUGUCAGACCCCUUCCCAGCCUGAAGCUGGCCGGCUGGACCUUUAGGACGCGGAGAGGUGAGGAACGACAGGCAUGCCUGUCCAUGUCACAGCUGAUCCGAGAAAGAGCCAGAACCAAGUCCACAACCAACUCCACUCUCCUUCCAAAUCUUAAAACUGUUUCCAUAACGCUCCCCUUUUGGUGGCCAAGAUGUGGAGCAUCUUCACCAGGAAGCCAAAAGAAACUGGCUUUCUCUUCUAGUUGCCUGUCCCUCUGCCUCCUCGGCGAGAGGCUGGAGCGGUGGCUUUGGCAAGGGUGGCCCUUGCUUAUGAGCCAGGGCUCCUCUGGGCGGGAUUAAGCCAGCGGCUCCUGGGGUAGCAGGGCAGGGGGCGGUGACUGUCCCACUGCCCUGUGAGGAAGCGUGGGUCUGUGCAGGCUCCGUGCAGGGCGUGAAAGCCUUGGCUUGGGUCAGGCGUGAGGCGCUGGGGAAUGACGUUAGUUUCCAUUGCUCUGUCCCAGCUGGUGAAUCUACCCUGGUUGUCUCACGGUCUUAGGAAUUUACUGCCCUCAAAAGCUCUGGGCUGCAUUUAGAAAAGGAUCUUGCACGCUCUGGUGAUCUCCAGUCACUGGCCUCCAUGGUAUCUCUCGACCUGUACAUAUGAAGCACACGUCUUAAAGUGUGGGCACAAGAAAAGGAGCUGUUCCGGUGUUUUAUCGUCAUCCUCCUCAUGUGCUUCUUGCCUUUUACCCACUGCCCCAACUCCUUUGAAACUCAGUCAUAAAAAAUGACCAAGAGAGUUGGCCUGCGGCACUAGAAGUGUCUAUGAAUGAGGGGCUUUCUUUCACGCUCUUGAACGCUGACCCCAUUGGACCUCCGUACCCAACACCACAUUGCCUCUUGCUGACUGAACAACAAGAGUUUUUGCCUUGAGCUGCUUGGCCUGGAUGUGCAACACUGAGACCAGUACGGCUUUCAUGAGGUUAGAGAGAAGGGCUGCAGACUGGGGAAGUUGUGUGUAAUGGUCCAAGGACAAUAUUUCCAUUUGACUUCCUCUGCCUUCUCUAAAAAGCAACCACAGCAGCAAGCGAACAGUAUGCCCGUCCCCCACCCUGCUGGCUCCACUCCUCCUUCAGGUGUGAUGCGACUGUAGACUCAGUCUCUAGGUGUGUGUGUGCUCUGGUCCUCUGUCUUCUAGGAAUGCUCGUGUCUCCCAGGUGUCAAUUCCUACUCUUCUUGUGGCUCCUACUGUGAAAAGUGCUGUGAUGUUUCUGCCCAGUCUAAGGGGUGUGUCGAGAUCUUGUGAUGUUUCAGUAUUGGAGAUGUGGGGGGACACGCUGGCGUACCACGCAUGUCUCCAGGAGAACCCACAGGUUGGAAAUGGCUCACGUCUGGAUGCCGGCUCACUGACCUAGGACGUGUCUGGAGGGAGACGCAAGUGCUCUGCAUUCAGAAGGCUGGCAGGAGCGCUGUGCAUGAGCUGGACCCUCCUCUCCCCACCCUUCCUCCUGUCCUCACUGGGUUCUGGGAGGGGGGCCUUGGGGAGGUCAAGACUGCAAGCCGAUGCGAUGCUGAUCGGUGUGGGCAUCCAGCAGCUGCUCUUUUGGAACCCCUGGAUAUCUUAGUCCCUUAGCGGGACCCUUCCACAUUCACAAAGACUUAGUCCCUUAGCGGGACCCUGGAUAUCUGAACCCCUGGAUAUCUUAGUCCCUUAGCGGGACCCUUCCACAUUCACAAAGACAAGCCCCCUGUCUCUUCCUUGCUGUGGUUAGUAUCUUGUUCUGUGAUUGGUUAGCAGUGUUGACUACCCACGUAGCAAAUCUUUUGUCUGCAAUUUAGAGAAUGUGUAAACAAAUAAAAGGCUUUAAAACUCCUGG